ACCACAGACGGUACGUGAUAUGUCGAAGAUGGCUCUGAUUGUGGUUGGUAUAGAUUUUGGGACAACUUUCUCUGGUUGGGCAUAUUCUACACAUGAUGACUUUGCAACGGAUCCGACCAAAAUCUUUGCUCCACAGUGGAAUUCGAGUGAUCAGAUGAUUUCAUUGAAAACACCUACAUGUAUACUUAUAAAACCGGACGGCAAAACCGUAGAUACUUUUGGAUACGACGCUGAAAAUAGGUAUACCCAGCUAGCUGCCGACGAGAUACACAAAGAUUGGUAUUUUUUCCGAAGAUUUAAGAUGAAGCUAUAUGAUGCGCAGGAGAGCAUUGCACAAUCAACAAUGUUGAAAGACGAGACAGGAAAAGAACUUAAAGCGUUAACAGUAUUUUCGUUGUCGAUUAAAUGUUUGAGAGACGAUUUUUAUGAUCACCUGAGUAGGAGUAUAUGUGGAAAAUUCAACACAAGUGACAUUCAUUGGGUUUUGACCGUACCAGCAAUAUGGGAUGAACCUGCCAAACAGUUCAUGAGAACUUCGGCUCAAGAGGCAGGACUAGAAAUAGAACAUCUGAGUCUAGCAUUGGAACCUGAGGCUGCUUCUAUAUACUGUCGCCAUGCCAAAAUGAUACGGACCGAAAACCUCAAAACUCAAAACAUUUCUACUUUUAAAUCCGGCACACGAUACCUUGUUUGUGAUACUGGAGGUACACGUCACGUGAGAAACAUGCGGUACAGUUGACAUAACAGUGCACGAGGUGACGCCUGAUCUGAAACUGACAGAGAUAGAGAAGGCUAGCGGCGGAUAUUGGGGUGGCACAAAGGUCGACGAGGAGUUCGAGAAUUAUAUUGAUACUUUAGCAGGGUGCCAUGUGAUGCGAGCUGUAAAAAACAAAAAUAUGGAAGAUUACAUAAGAAUCACAAGGGCUUUCGAACUUAAGAAAAGAACUUGCAAGAAAUCACCCACUGCCGGAAAGUACACUAUAGUCGUCCCUAUAUCCAUUCGUGACAUUGUUAAAGAAAUGACUGGUUACACAUUCAAUGAGCAGGUUCAGCGCUCAAAGUACGGGAAAACCACUACCGUAAUCGGCGAAAAAAUCAGAUGUUCAGAGAGUGAUCUGUCAGCUCUUUUUAAUAGACCAGUUAACAAUAUCAUAACAAAAUUGACAUCCAUUUUGUCAAAGUACGUUGACAACCCCAUCAAUCAUAUUAUUAUGGUUGGAGGGUUUUCUGAAUCACCGCUUUUGCAAGAUGCAGUGCGAGAAGCUUUUCCAGCAAUGCAAGUUAUCAUCCCGAUUGAUGCAGGCUUGGCUGUCCUGAGAGUCGCAGUUUUGUUCGGACAAAACGAAAACCAAAUCAUAUCAAGGGUUUCUAAAUUUACGUAUGGAAUCAAAGUCUUUGGAAAAUAUAACCCAUUAGUGCAUUCGCAAGACAAAGUAUUAUCCGAAGGUCCAAGAAAAGGCAGAGUUGAAAAUUGCUUUUCGAAGCUCGUUAAGAUUGACAAGUCUAUUCGAGCCGAUGAGCCGGCUGGAAAACGGACAUAUGAUUUACCAGUAGGACAGUCGACCUUUAACGCUCGCAUCUUUGCAACAAAAGAGAAGAAUCCAAUUUACGUGGAUGACGACGGAUGCUUGCCAAUCGGUUCAUUUAAUGUUAACUGUAAGGAUGAGCGAGGGAACGUUUCGAGUGCAGAAGUGACAAUGUACUUUGGUGGAACCGAAAUAAAACUUAAGGCUAAGCUGAAAUCUACAGGCGAAGAAACUGAAGCAACAUUUAAUUUGCCGGAAUAAAAGGUUUGCGAUAAAUCUUUCGGGACAACAUUAAUGCAAAAGAUAACUGUACCUAUUUGUACUACAGUUUUGUGUUAUUUGUGUUAACUUUUUCAUGAAAGAGAUUCGAUGAUAAAAAACCAACAGCAUCAACUUGUGAUGAUUUUGACCACAUAUCUCACCGUCUAUGGUACGACUAUAACAAUAGGAAUGGUAUCAACAUAAACAUCAAAAUUGAACUAAAUAAUACAUACAUAUAUAUAUAUAUAUAUAUAUAUAUAUAUAUAUAUAUAUAUAUAUAUAUAUAUAUAUAUAUAUAUAUAUAUAUAUGUAGAAUGAUAAUAACUGCAACUGGCGGACAGAGCCUAAUCUCGGGGUUGCUGUUUGGUUUGAUCACGAUGGAUUGCUUUUUAUAAUGUAUUGUACAAUACAUAUUGAUUUUCGGAUGUUGGAAUGAUUUUUUGUUUAAUAGAAAUAUAUUAAAUCAUGCACUUCAAUACCAUCAUAUGGCUUCUAAAAUGUACAAUGCAACGGAAAUAAUGUUCCAAAUGAGUCCGACAUUAUCUCUAACUCGAUUUCAUUUUAUCUUACUUCCAAUUGCACUACUUGUCACUACAUCCAUCUUAUCUAUCCUUUUUUAUUUACCUUCCCCUUCAAAAACCGAUUAUAACUCUUUAUCAUGAGUAACGCAUGUUUAAUGUAUAUGAUCAUAUAUUUGCAGUUAUGCAGAUUUAUCAUUUUGCAAAUGAUUUGUCUUGAGCUUGCAGCAAUUACUUCACAUAUGCACUUUAUAUGCAUUUAACAGGAUAUUAUAUUAAUACGCAAAUAUGAAUACAUCUAAUAAGUUAACUUUAUUUGUUAAUAUAAUUUAAAGUAAUGGUAUUUUAAUGUCUUUAAAUAAUGCCUUUUUGGCAUGUAUAUACUGUUAAUUCGCGUGUUACAAAUAACCUGGCUAUCAUGAUAUGUUACAAAAUGCUAAUUAAAUAUAUCCGUUCUACUAAGGCUAAAGGAAUGUGCCGCUUUCAUUUUAGGUAUUGUUACCCCAAGUUUUAUUUGUGUAUAUAUAUAUGUCGUUAUAUUUUUGCUUCGUGUCUUAAUCUUAUGAUAUAACUGAUGAUUUACUUUGUUUUUAUUGGAAAUGUGAUAUUUUUAUUUAACUGUAUGUUAUUCAGUCUUACAAAUUUAUUAAUUGUCUUGAUAGAAUCACAGUUUAUGGAAUGGUUCAGAUUCGCUGUCAAUACAACUCAGUUUUUAUUGUUUUCAUUUAAAAAGUGUAAAUAAAGAAAAUAGUGCAUGUUAUGGUAUUCAUA